AUGGCACAAAUCGCCCUCCCGCGCCAGCCUGUUACCCAGGCACCGGCCUCUGACAUGGGCGCUCCGCUGUACCAGAGGGCCGACCACAUCGAACUGGUCCCCAACCCGCACUUCGUCUUCCCGCAGCCGUCGCCAGACUCACCGCCCUCCGACGACCCGCGACCUUCUGGACGCCGACCUAGCUCACUGCAGGUCCUACCAACCGCCAGGCGCACUAACCCGGAUUUCAGCAAGCGACGUUCCGCAAGUGCCCUACCUGAUUUCAGCUUCAACCCUGGUCAACCAAGCCUGACGCCCGCCCCGUCGACUACAACUCCUCCGCAUACGCCCACGUCCAACUCGCCCUCGACGCCCUCGAAGAACAUUGGCCACAGGCGCGGCGCGAGCGAGUUCAUCGGCGGCGGCAGCUUUCGGAGCGGCACCAUGGUCCCCAUGAGCUCCAGCCCCACCAAGAUCGAGGGUGGCUUCCCUCCACAGAACUCGACACUGAAGCUUGGCCCUCCCGCCGGAAGAAGAGGACACGCGCAUCGUCGUUCCGGCGCCAUUUCAUCACAUGAUCUCUCAUUCCUACUCCAACCAUCAACUAACACCCCUCCGAAUGUCCCUGAUAUUCCUCGGAUCGACAACACCCCGGCAACGCCCAUCGAGAAGGAAUUGAAGCCUUCGCCUUUUCCCAAGACUCAGACUCCUCCCCCGGCCAUCAACGUUUUUGACUCGAGCUCGAACCCAUUCCAGAAUGCAUCGGAUUUCUCUCAGCGACCGCCAUCCCGGGCGCGCGUCGGCUUUUCCGAAACCGUCGAGUACAUUCGGCCGCUUUCAACCAUUUCCUCCGAGACAGAGAGCACCAUGUCGACAAUUCGCGGCCAUUCGGUCUCAAACAGCCUGUCCUCGGUCGUGAGCGGAGCUUCGAGCCCAUCUGUCGCUCGGAUGGCUCGUCCGAAUCUCACUGUCACUUUUGACAAGGAGAACAAGUCUGGACGGCCCAGCACCGCUGGGGCAAUUUUGGACGUCAAAGACACCGGCAAGGGAAGUUUCGGGGAAUUGCUCAACUCUAAGCGCCCAAGAUCUGCAAUUUUCCCUGAAGUGCAAGUUUCGCCACCUGCCAACAGCUCCCCCGCUCGCCACGCGAAAAAGCGGAGUUUCUUCUGGUCAGAGCAACGUAACAGCGACUCUUCCAUUUCUGCAGCAUCCGCGGUAACAACCUCCGAGGCUUCUGUGUCCGUGCUUUCGGAAUCGCCCAUGUCUUCUCCGGCUGAGCCCAGCCCCUCCGAAAUCCACAUGAAAGCGCCGCCAACGCCUCCCCGCAAAUCGCACAAGCCGCGAAAAGUGAAGUCGUGGGCCACUUCCAUCAUGGGCCGCAAGGCGAAGCGUCACAGCUCCAAACUCAAGGAGAUGCCCCGCAGAGGAUCCACCCCCACUCUUCCUAGCCAAUCCAGCUUUCAGGACGAUGACAUCGAAGUCGAUCUUGACGAUCUUUCUCCGAACUUUGAUGACGACAACACGGUGACCAUCGUGACUCCGACAUCAAACCCUGUCGAUGCGAGGCCGAGGUUAGACACCAACAUCGCUUCUUGGCAGCCCAAGCAGAUGCUUGGCUACGAACAGGAUGCCAUGAGUCCAGCCAUCGACCUCGAUGCUGCGCUUGGUCCGUUCAACACGCCCACAAUAGGCCCCGUACCACCGCGUGCCCAAGCGCGUGGCAUGGUUGCGAGGCGCAAGCCGAUGCACAGCAGCAUGGGUAUCGCAUCCGGCCAUCGAAGGACAGAGAGUGCGCCAGAGCUCGCGCCUUUCGAAUUUCGGAACACCACAACUACUGCUCCUACCAUGGCCGACGUCUUCGAGGAAGAAGAGGAAGAGGAAAGCGAGGAAGAACAAGCGGCAACAUCGGCUAGUGGUAAAAGCUCGUCCGUUGUCGAGGCUUCUGCUAGCGAGGACGAGGAUGAAACCGGCACUGGCAUCCAGGUCGUUGAGACUGACCAGCCCCAGAACGGGACUACGAUGACCUGGAAUUUCAGUGACGCAUUUUCGAAGAGCAAAUCAUCCUUUGAAUACCUUGCACCUUCCCCGAUGGCAACAGGGACGAUCGCUUCCGUCUCUCCUGGCACCAAUCCGGUCGACAUUGCUCGCGCCCCCAGUCCGUUCCAGCUUUCUGAGGAGCCCGAGGAGCCUCGGACAUCCUCUGUAACUCGGUCCUCUGACUCGACAAUAACUCCUGCGGGAGACGGCUCCAGGGAACCUGAGCAGACUCUGAAUCUGCCAGUACCGGCAUGUACCCAGGCAGUUCAGUCCCCUGAUUCGCUAAGCACCUCUUCCUUCUCGCCCGAUUUCGGCCGCGGUCAAAGUUCCUUCGAUACAGCUAGGAUGGGCACUGCCGCCUCUUCCAUCACUGACACCCGCUCCAUGCAGAUGGGCGAGCCAGGCCCUGAAUGCCGUGUCUCUGUCGACGACGUUCCUUCUCUGACAAGCAGCAGGUCUACCAUGACCAGCGCUCAGCAUGCAAAUUUCCCCUACGUCAUGCCUCGGAGCCCCGGCGACCGCGUGGGGUCUGUAUCUUCUAUGUCAAGUAUGCCAUACGACACUCGUCGGAAGCGCACGAGUAUCGCUAGUCUGUCAAGGCUUGUCGGCAGCUCUUUUGGAGAAAGGAGCAAGCUGUCGAUUGAGCAAAGACCUCAGUCCGAGCACGCCGACAAGCCGAAGGAUAUGAAGCACAAGAAGACUCGGCGGCUCAGCAAGAUGAUGCAGUUUUGGAAGAAUAAGCACAACCUGCACUCAUAA